GCGGAGACUGUCGGUAGAAGCUGUUUAUAUGCGGAGCUGUCCGGUCACUGGAGACAAGUCAUUGGAUAGUCAGAGACUGAGCUGUGUGUUCGCCGAUCCUGACAAUUCCAGCUGCGCAAUCCAUCCAGGAAGAGAAGGAGAUCCGUAGAGUCGCCGCCAUGUCGGUCACUGUGAAGGCCUAUCUGCUGGGGAAGGACGAGACCCAUAGGGAGAUCAGACGCUUCGCACUGGAGCUGGGCAAAGGGAAGUCUGCCGACCCGGGAUCCAGCUGUGAGCUGCUCAUCAGGAAGGUGACUGAUGUCUUCCAAGGCCUGAGAGGGGGAGCCUUCCAGAUGUUCUACAGAGAUGAAGAGGGGGAUCUGGUUGCCUUCUCCACUGAUGAGGAGCUGAAUAUGGGUCUUGAAAAUCUUAAUGAAGGCGUUUUCCGUGUCUACAUUAAAGAAAGGAAAGACUGUAAGCGUGAGCACCGUGCACACUGCGGACAGGAGACUCCCCAGAAUGUGGUCCACCCUAAUGUGACCUGUGAUGGAUGUGAAGGUGCUGUGGUGGGGAACCGGUACAAGUGCCUGAUUUGCCCAGAUUAUGACCUGUGCAGUACCUGCGAGGGGAAAGGAAUCCAUAAGGAGCACAACAUGAUUAUGUUCCCUACUCCUAUUCCUUUUCCUCGUGGGCGCUGGUUCCGCAAGAUGCAUCAUGGAGUGCCACCUUUCAACUGGAUGAAUGGCUGGGGUUACCCUGGCACAGGCUUUCACUGCCCAAAUUCCCAGCAAACAGGGUGUAACCCAGAACAAUGUCAGACUCCACCUGCAGAAGGUACUGCUCCUAGUUCUUCUCAGCCAUCUCCUGAUCCUAAUGUCACCUUCUUGCAAAAUGUCGGUGAAAGUGUGGCAGCCUUGUUGAGUCCCCUUGGAAUUGAUGUAGACAUUGAUGUUGAACAUGGUGGUAAACGCAGCAAGAUUGCAACCCCGCCAUCUGGUUCUGAAGCUAAAGAUUCCCAACCAAACAGCUCAUCCUUCACUUCACACCCUCAGAAUGUUAACAGCAGACCUGAAAAUGAGGAGUGUAUGGAUACAGAUGCCAUUGCUAAACGGAUGAAAGAUGUUUCUUUGAACCCCUCUGUUCAAAAUGAAAAUGAACAAAGUGAACACAACAGCAAUGCAUCAGGUGGUGAGGAUGACUGGACUCAUGUCUCCCCCAAAGAGGUGGACCCGUCAACUGGUGAGCUACAGUCCCUUCAACCAGACACAGAGGAACCCAGUUCUUUAGACCCAAACAGACCCAUUCAUGCUCCCACAGGUCUCAGAGAAGCUGCUAUUUAUCCACACCUCCCAGCAGAAGCAGAUCCUCAGCUCAUUGAAACACUAUCACAGAUGCUGUCCAUGGGUUUCACAGACGAGGGAGGCUGGCUCACGAGGCUACUGGAAGCAAAACAAUAUGACAUUGGGUCGGCUCUCGAUGCCAUGAAGUCUGUGCGGAAUCUUCCUCAAUAAUAGCAUCAGCACAUUUCUGUUUCUAUCUUAACUCUGCCUUUCUUACGUUGCUAUAAUAUAUAAUUAUAGACUGAUAUUCAUACCACAGCUCCACAGAUGGUGGAGACGAUCAUGUGCAGUCAGAUUGUUAUUUCAAACAUUGCAGUUUGAAAGGAAGUUUAAACUGCAAAUCCGAAAGCAACGCUUUACAGCUUUCAGUUUAAUGGAAACCUAAGUUGUUGUUGUUUUGGUAUUCAUCAUCACCUGUGAAGCGAACCAUAGAAAACUACCAGUGAUGAGCAGUUAAUUACAGCUUGCUACACAAAGUAACUUUUAUUGGUCAACUACUGUAGUACCAUUUUUGGUUCAUGCCCAUUUUCAUUUUUUUUCUUUUUAUUCCCCCCCCCCC